CAGUUGAAAUCCAAGUUACUGCGCAGUUAGUUAAGCAAUUAGCCAGUUAUCAUGUCUACUGUUGGCUCGCUCAGUGAAUACGUAGAGACAGACGGUGACUGGGUGGAAUAUGUUGAGAGACUGGAGCACUUUUUCGUGGCAAACGACAUUACGGAUGAGUCAAAACGACGGUCUGUACUCCUCAGCGCCUGCGGGGCCAAGACGUACAAGCUGAUACGCAACCUGGCUACACCGCGGAAACCGGGAGAAUUAAGCUUCCAGGACCUGGUCACGUUAGUGAAAAAUCACCACAACCCCAAGCCAUCUAUCAUUGUUCAACGCUUCAAAUUCCAUACUCAUUCACGUAAGCAAGGCAUGACAGUGGCCACAUUUGUGGCGGAGCUGAGACAAUUAUCAGAGCACUGUGAGUUCGGUGCAGUAUUAGAAGAUAUGUUGCGCGACAGGCUGGUCUGUGGAAUUAACGAGGAUAGUAUACAGCGUCGGUUGUUGAGUGAAGCUAACUUAACUUUCAAGAAAGCGCUAGAGAUCUCCCAAGCAAUGGAAACGGCGGCAAUCAACACUAAGGAUAUUCAACAAGCACACGGGGCUGCGCAGCCAGAUGCCGUUCGUCACGUAUCAAAGGACGAGAAAGGCAAGUCCCAAAAGUCAAUAGAGUGUUAUCGGUGUGGGGGGACACACUUUGCAAAUGACUGUGGGUUCAAGGACUCUGUGUGCCAUAACUGUCAGAAAAAGGGCCAUAUUGCCAAAAUGUGCAGGGGAACGAAAAAUAAGCAAAGGAAGAACUGGGGAACAUCAAAGCCCAACAGAAGCGCACAUCGCCUGCAGGGUGACGAGCCUGAGGAAGAGGAGGAGAGUUCUUUUGACAUGUUCAACCUCCAUGUUAUCAGCCAGUCCAGGGCUGAGCCCAUCUAUGUAGCACUGAAAGUAAAUGGCACUGACCUGAAAAUGGAAGUGGACACUGGGGCCUCAGUUUCAGUGAUAAGUCAACACUCAUACCACAACUUGUGGAGGGCAACUGAGGCACCUGCACUCAAAAAGACCAAUAUUAGACUGAGAACAUAUACGGGUGAGUGCAUCCCCCUCCUUGGGGCUAUAGAUGUGGACAUAGAUUACGAGGGACAGAAGGCAUCAGUGUCACUGUUAGUGGUUCAGGGGGAGGGGCCUAGUUUACUGGGUCGUGAUCUCUUGCAGAAAAUUCGCCUGCAUUGGGGAGAAAUUUGGGGCGAAAUCAAGACCAUGACAGUAGCGCAUGACAUAACAGCCAAAUAUGCAGAUGUUUUUAAGGAUGAGCUUGGCACCCUCCGGGGAACCACAGUGAAAUUGUGUGUGGACCCCAAAGCUCAGCCGCGUUUUUUCAAACCACGCCCGGUGCCAUAUGCUAUGAGAGUUAAGGUAGAGGCAGAGUUGGAGAGGCUGCAGCAGGCAGGUGUGAUAGAGCCUGUUGAAUUUUCCAACUGGGCAGCGCCAAUAGUGCCAGUGCUGAAGGAAGACGGCGGAUUGCGAAUAUGUGGAGACUACAAACUGACGAUUAAUCAGGCCUCCCAACUUGACACAUACCCCCUACCUCGAGUGGAGGAUCUGUUUGCUAGGUUAGCUGGUGGAAAAACAUUCACAAAGCUGGACAUGAGUCAUGCGUACCAGCAGCUACUGCUAGAUGAGGAGUCUAAACAAUAUGUGACUAUUAACACACAUAAAGGGCUAUUCAAAUACAACCGUCUGGUUUUCGGCGUUGCGUCCAGUCCAGCUAUCUUCCAGCGCACUAUGGACAAUCUGCUUCAAAACAUUCCCUGUGUUGCAGUCUACCUUGACGAUAUUUUAGUGACAGGUAAAACGGCAGUUGAACAUUUACAAAAUCUUGACCAGGUGCUUAAGAGACUGUCAGAUGCUGGACUGCGCCUGAAGACCAGUAAGUGCGUUUUCCAAGCUCCAAGUGUCACAUACCUGGGCCAUCGGAUUUCGGCUCAAGGUCUGUCUCCAGUGGAAGAGAAAGUGAGGGCGAUAAAGGAGGCCCCUAGUCCAAAGACUGUAGCAGAGCUCAGGUCAUUUCUGGGCCUAGUGAACUAUUACGGGAAGUUCUUACCUGAUCUCUCCACGGUACUUGCCCCUCUAUAUCGGCUGCUGCACAAAGACAGUCCAUGGAAAUGGCAGCAGGCACAGGAGGAGGCAUUUCGGCAUGUUAAAAGACUUUUACAUUCAGAACGACUGCUGGUGCACUUCGACCCUGACAGGGAUGUCAUCCUGUCUUGUGACGCGUCCCCUUAUGGCGUGGGGGCGGUCCUUUCACACCGGAUGGAGGAUGGAACCGAAAAGCCCAUCAGCUAUGUGUCACGUACUCUCUCGGCAGCAGAAAAAGGGUACUCUCAAUUAGAAAAGGAAGGAUUAGCGGUAGUUUUUGCUGUGAAACGUUUCCACCACUACCUGUAUGGUCGUCCUUUUACCAUUUUCACAGACCACAAGCCAUUAAUGGGUCUGUUUAGUGAGAUAAAAGGCAUUCCUCCCAUGGCGUCUGCAAGAAUCCAGCGCUGGGCACUGACCCUGUCGGCGUACCAGUAUCACAUAGUGUAUAGGGCAGGUAGUGAAAAUGCAAAUGCCGACGCUUUCAGUCGCCUGCCGCUCCCUGAAACACCUGGCCACACUGUUUUUCCCCCAGAGACAGUUUUUCUGAUGGACAGACUAUCUAAUGCUCCUGUGACAGCAAAGCAGAUCAAAACAUGGACUGAUAGAGACCCAGUGUUAUCACAAGUUAGAAGAUGGGUGAUGCAGGGCUGGCCUUUAGCUGUACAGCAGGAGAAAUUCCAGCCUUAUGCCAAGCGCAAGCUAGAACUGAGUGUUCUUGAUGGCUGUAUCCUUUGGGGCUCCAGAGUGAUCGUUCCCUCCCCAGGGCAGGCGCAGGUGAUGGAGGCACUGCACGAUGCCCACCCAGGGAUAUCCCGGAUGAAAAGCCUCGCCAGGUCAUUCGUGUGGUGGCCUGGGAUGGAUGGGGCUUUAGAAGAGAAAGUCAGGGCAUGUUCGCAAUGUCAAAGUAACCGGAAGAUGCCAGUGGCUGCGCCGCUUCACCCAUGGCAGUGGCCGGGCCGUGCAUGGUCCAGGCUCCACCUGGAUUUUGCAGGUCCGUUUAUGGGCCAGACAUUCCUAGUGCUGGUGGACGCACACUCGAAAUGGCUCGAGGCGCAUAUCAUGUCAAAUAUGACUGCUGCUGUUACCACUGAGAAACUAAGGAGCAUCUUUGCCACACACGGAUUACCAGACACAGUGGUGUCGGACAAUGGGCCCACCUUCACCAGUGAGGUUUUCAAAGAAUUUAUGGAGAAAAAUGGGAUCCGUCAUGUCUGUACUGCUCCCUACCAUCCUGCUUCCAACGGCCUAGCAGAACGAGCUGUUGAAACUCUGAAAGAUGGCCUGAGAAAAAUGUCAGGACACUCUCUGGAAACCAAACUUUCUCGUUUCCUGUUCCAAUACCGGAUUACUCCUCACACUACUACGGGAUUAGCCCCGGCGGAGAUGCUACUGGGAAGGAGGCCAAAGUCUCACCUGGAUCUCCUCCACCCGGAUGUGGGAGAAAGAGUUGUCAGGUCACAGGACAAGCAAAAGCUGAGGCGGGACCAACAUGCGAAAGACAGACUCUUUCAGCCAGGGGAUAGAGUGUAUGUGAAAAACUUUGCCACUGGUCCACCCUGGCUGCCGGGAGUUAUUCAACACCAGUCUGGUCCAGUGUCUUUUCUGGUGGAUUUGUCGGAUGGCAGGCAGGUGCGAAGGCACCAGGAUCAUCUGCGUGACCGCUAUGAUACAGGUGGGGAGGAGCGUCAGAGUGUUGGGCACAAGGAUGGUGUGAGCAGCUCGGGAGGCGCUAGUGAGGGGCCUCAAGCACCUGAGCAAGAGCAAGUGUCACCUGCAGAACUGUCAGUACAGGGCGCGCCACCUGCCUCCACCCCAAACCUGCUCGGGGGAGCACAACCUGCUCCUGAUGUUGGGGACAUCACACCAGAGCUAAGAAGAUCAACAAGGAUAGCUGGCCUGACCAACUCCGCUGUGCCUGGUGGCGGUUUUUGGAGGAGCCGUGACAAACCCUGUGCCACAGUGUGUAACCCAGGCCUCGCCGGUGAACAGACGUGA